UUUAAAGAAUAGUUUUAAGAAAAAAGUCUACCAUAAACAAUAAAAUGGCGGUCCGUUUUUUGUGUGUGCGAUAAAAUUAUUGUUUUCAAUAAAUGCGACGAAUGUUGUGAACUUAUAAAGAUUUGUAAAGUUGCAUCGACUGUAAUUACGACAUGAGUUGCAAUAAAGUGCUGACUAGACGUUUUGCUAAAAAAUAUCCUAAAGAUUACGUGUGUCUCAAUGUCGCUCAUAGCGUCGUUGUCUUGCCGCUAUAUAAAUUGAGCUGAUUAAAUCAAUUUUGUAGUUGAUGGAGAUAAUCUGAUUUGGCAAAUAAACUAAAUUGUUUUUAAAGCAUGGACUUACAACUAAAAGUAUGAAGUAGUCGGCGAUUUGAUUGACGGGUACAUUGUGUCGUUGUGCGUUAGUGGUUGUGAAAGCGUACAUACAUGCUCAUAAUGAUAAAACUGUCACCAGGCGUGUUUACCAUCAAAUAGUGAAUUUGUGUUAGUGGGUUUGUUUUUAUUUUCAUGUAGUAUAAAAAUUUGAACUGUUACAAUGUGUAUGCCAACUCCCAAUAAUGUUUCGGGCUUUGGUUAUUCCUGGGGCUUCACGAGCAACGCGGAUCUCACUAAGGGCGAAGUGGAAACACCGAGUAGCUUGAGCUACACCUUGGGAAAUACGGUUUCACCAGAGACAACACUUACUGUAAUGUCCCAUAAGACACCUCAAGUGCAAGAAAAAGUGGGAACUGUUGUUGCAGUGUCCAACACUGCAGCACAAGUCACCAGGGUGGUUACCACUGGUACUCCUACUAGACGAAUGUUUGUGGUAAAUGAAGCACCUACUCACACAAUCAACAGAGUUUCACAGCAAAAUCAAACAACAACAAUACAUACACCAGCCAGCUUAACAGCAAAACCUUUUAUGACACCAUUAGGCCCCAUACAACUUACAGCUGAAGAAUGCAAUGAGAUAUUAAUGAAGCGUGCUUUGCAAGCUCAAGGCAUAGCUACUCCUGUCAUUGAUGCUUCGCAGUUGAACCACACUCUGUUGAAUGGUGGCAUCAAGACACUGAAUGAGGCCACUACCCAACAAACUCAGCAAGAUAACAAUAUACAGACAACAACUGUGCAUCAACAUCAUUUACUGCAUGCAAAACAGGAACCAGGCACAGCAAACAACUCACCAAAAACGGUGUACUCGCAGACAGAGAUGAUGAACAGCAACACGGUGAUGACGACGGCACCGCCCGCCGCCGUUAAGGAGCGCCCUUACUCUUGCGACGAGUGUGGCAAAUCAUUCCUCUUGAAGCAUCAUCUGACCACACAUGCUAGGGUUCAUACGGGAGAGCGCCCUCACGUAUGCGCUCACUGUGGCAAGGCAUUUGCUCGGAAGCAUUGCCUCAACACGCAUCUACUACUGCACUCUGCGGAGCGGCCAUACCGCUGCCACGAGUGCAAGAUGGCUUUCACGCUCAAGCAUCAUCUGGUCACGCAUUCAAGGGUGCACAGCAGAGAACGGCCAUACAUUUGCGGCGAGUGCGGGCGUGGGUUUCCCCUCAAGCGGCACCUGGUGACGCACAGCAAGUACCACGCCGGCGAGCGGCCCUACGUUUGCAACGAUUGCGGGGAGAGCUUCGCGCAGAAGGAACACUUGGUGAUGCACAGCCGAUUCCACGGCUCGUUAUCACCGUUCGUAUGCAGCGAAUGUGGGGCAGCUUUCGCGCGCAAAUUCCAGUUAGUGAACCACGGGCGAGUGCACGGGAAGGUGCCCCACGCGUGCCCCGUCUGCGGCAAGGAGUUCCUACAGAAGCGCACGCUGGUGGCGCACAUGAAAAUCCAUACGGGUGAAGGCGUAGUCGCAUGCUUAGAAUGCGGCGAAGCGUUCAAAUGCAAGGCGGAGUUGCAACAGCACUGCAAAAUCACUAGGCACUGCCUCAUGACGACCCAAUCCCAACAACAAACGCAGCAACAACAACAGCAGCAACAGCAACAACAACAACAGCAGCAGCAACAACAACAGCAGCAGCAGCAACAACAAGUUCAACAACAACAGGCGACGGUUAUAAAACAGGAUGAUUUCAAACCGCAAAUCAUUCAAGUGAGCUCUGAUGACUUCAAGCCGCAAAUAGUGCAGGUCAAUCUCUCGCAGGUCAUCGGCGCUGACGGUCAAAUAGUGACAGAAAAGACGACACCUGGUUACGCGUGCCCAGAAUGCGGUUCCUGUUUCAACACUAAGGAGGCGUUGUCGCUGCAUGUCCGCUUGCACGCGGGCGACCGCACCUGCGUGACGGACCUGUGCGCCCUCACCGCCGCCCUGCAGCCGGGACUGGUGGCCGCGCACCAGGCCACACAUAAUCAACCAAUUCAAAUUAUCUCUUCAAACCCCAAUAAUGUUGUACAUACGCAAGUUAUAGCUACGAAUCACCACAUAGCUCCGCCCCGGCCAAAGAUACAUUUUUGUUUAGAUUGUAACAAAGGUUUUGCCGCCAAACAUGGUUUAUUGGCGCAUCACAGAAGACAUCCAGACGGCAGCUGCACGCUGCGGACCCACGUGUGCGAUCAGUGCGGCAAAGCGUUCUUCCAGAAAAACCAUCUGAUGCUGCAUCAAAGGCAACACAUGGAUUUACCGCCCAGAAAUCAAGCGAAUCAACAAGCGCAACAAGCUGCCCAACAGGCGGCGCAACAGGCAGCGCAACAGGUUCAACAACAAGUUCAACAGCAACAACAACAACAACAACAGCAGCAGCAGCAGCAACAACAACAACAGCAUCAUCAGAAUACGAUUGAGAUAGAGCACCAACCACAAGAACAGCCUACGCAUAUACAAGUGGUGACAGAUCGAUCGGGUCAAGUGAUAGGCAACCAAAUACUAGUGGGCUCCGUUGGUGGAGUGAAUGUAGCCAGAAGACUCGUCGGCUCACAAUUACACAUUAUACGGCCUCAAGACAACAAGAACAUAUUACAACACAAACAUACGAGGCAUCACACCGGUGGUGACGUGAAAGAAGUGGGUGGACUGGUUCUCUCCACGGGCCGGGGGACGGGACUUAUAAAGUACGAAAUAUCUAUCCCUCAGCCAACGUCCGUCGUUCAAGUGCAGCAGUUAGAUUGAAACGCAGACAAACCUAACUCUUAUUUACACUAGCGUACGGCACAAAAUCACGUAACAUUGCUAAUAAAAUUAGAGCAUCAGAAGAUUAAAAUCUUACAGGUGCAGAGGUUACACAGAAUCCACGCCGACAAAUAAAGCUCUUAUUUACAAUAGCAUACGCCACAAAAUGUCGUAGAAGAAAUAAACAAUCUGCUAUUCCAAAAAUUAAAGAGGUCUUGCAAGGGCAGCAGUUAGACUGAACCCAUACCGACAAUUUAGUUCUUAUUUACACUAUUUAUGUAUAUGGCACAAAAUGUCGUUGAAGAAAUA